CUUUCAUGUUGUGUCAGGUUUACCAAUAUUGGACAUUCUCUUAUAGCAGAUAUUCUAUCAGUUCCUUGUUCUUACAGCCAGUAAUAUCAGUAAUUAUGUGAUCGGUGUGACAAUGGAUACGUUACAGAAACUCGCGCCUUUUCUACUGACAUUUGCAAUUUAUCAUGGCUUUGUUGAUGGACUUAUAGGACUUCGGCCACCAGAUCAGACGCCACAUAAAGAGCUAGAAAAGAAGCCGCCAAGACCCGUGUCACCAAAACCAUCUCGCAUUCAUCGUACGCAGUUAUAUUCCCCUUAUGAUCAUCCCGAUGCAAUACACAACGCAACUGUCAUCGAAACAGAAUUACGAGGGGAAGGAGAUAGAUGUCAGACCCUUGCAUUGCUCGUGUGUUCUUCACAACUUUUGAGAUAUUCUCUUCAAAACAGAACAGAUGUUUGCAUGGACGUUAAGCAGUUUACUAGCUGUAUAUUGGGAUCACUAAAAGAAAAUGGAAGAAGAGAAUUUGUUACGGGGAUGGUAAUGCUGGAUGACCUUCGUUUCGCAGUGAGAAAAUCAUUUCGUUGUCUGGGCAACGACUCUUUUGUUCACUUGAGACAUAGAAUAGCAAAACGUCAUGGAGGAAAUUGUUGUACGGAAGGCAUUAUGAAUUGUGCUAUACAAACAUUUUUCAAAAUGCACGCAAACAGAAAGGAGAGUUGUAACUUAGUGAACUUUUAUGACGUUUGUAUGAACGAGGUUUCCGAAUCAUGUCAGUCGAAGUCAUUGGCUACAUUAUAUCCUGUGUUUGUUUCAAAUAUGAAGAGACAGUGCAAAACAACUGUGAAAAGCAGAAAAAGGUCAAAUUUAUUGAAUCGUGUUUUUUCUAUCUUGACCUGAACAUAAAAUGUGAAGAAUUAAACGUUUGAAUAGUAAGGUCAUCUUUAAAUAAAAUGUGAAGAAGGAAACGGUUUAAUAAUAAGGUCAUCUUUUAAUCAAAUGUGAAGGAGGUUGUUUAGAUAAUAUGGUCAUCUUUAAAUGAAAUGUGAAGUACGAACGUUUUUUCUUUUUAAAUAAGAUAUGAAGAAUAAACAUUUUAAUGCUGGAUCAUCUUUAGAUAAGUUGUGAAGGAAGGAGGAACGUUUGACUAAUACGGUCAACUUAAAAUAAAAUAUGAGGGAGUAAUUUUUGGAUAACAAGGUUAUCUUUGAAUAAAAUAUGAAGGUUAUCUUCGAAUAAAAUAUGAAGGAGGAACGUUUGAAUAACAAGGUCCUCUUUAAAUAAAAUUUGAAAACGGGACGUAAGUAUAAAAAGUCGUCCUUGAAUAAAAUAUGAAGGAAUGAAGAACGUUUGAAUAAAAAGGUCAUCUUUAAGUAAAAUGUGAAGAGGGGACGUUUAAAUAAGAAGGUCAUCUUUAAAAAAAAAUGUGAAGGAGGAACGUUCAAAAAAUGUCAUUUGUAAACAAAUUAUUAAAGGAACAUACAUGUACAUACUUACGCACAGUAAAGUAAUGAAGUAUUAUGACAAAAUACAAUGUAUAGCUCAAAUCUUGGAAAACGCUUUAAGGCUUUGAAAGUAUAAGUACGGAAGCUUAGAAGGACCUUCAGUUGUGAGAAAAUGUUUUCACAAGUGCCGAAAAUUAAGGCGAGAUCCCUAAAACUUAAAGGUUUUUUCGCGUUGAAAUUUCCGCAUUGGUUCGAACUUUUCAAACAACUUGAUUUGAAUCUUCGUACAAAGACAGAAAGAUUUUAUGUUUCGUAUUAUUAUUGUCGAGAAGUUGUACUUAAUUACAUCGCGGAAAAAUCUUUGCGCGAUAUUGAUAAGAUAUUUGCCUUUCUCGCCAAAAAUACUCGCAUUGAAGUAAUUUAUUUCUAACAUCUCGACUUCAGCUUAUUGCAAUGAAAAACACUUUAACAUUUCGUACAUUUCUUAUCGACAUGGUUUCCUAUUCAUCUUUCAAAAUAAGUCACACGUUCCAUAUUGAGUGUCUCCAUACCUUAACGUUACAUUUGCUUUUUAUCCUUCCCACAGGGGUAUGGAUAAACUGCGUUGUCCGUCCGUCCGUCGUCCGUGUUUCAGUCCGGUUGGAGCCUUAUCAGAGACAUGUCACUGUUUGGAGUAUUUAAAAUAAAAUAUGGUAGAAAUGUUAAUUGCUAGAAGGAAAUGCCACCUUGCAAGUUUCAGUCAGAUUGUCUGUGAAAGACAAUGUUUAUCGCCCUUAGUACAUCUAUAUAUAGUACAAACUUAGUGUUUUUAUUCCAAUUUCCGUCCGUCGAAAGCCAUACCUAAAAUAUGGUUUAGACUAUUUUUAUGAAACUUGGUAGCAAUGUAAAGUGAGGUAAGGAAAUGUGAUCAUGCAAGUUUCAGUCAGAUGAAACGAGUUAAUGCCCCUUGUACUUAUAUACAUAUAUUACUUAUGUAGAGUUUUAUUGUCUUUCUAUCCACCUGGAACCAUAUCUAAGACAUUGUAAGGGGUAUUUCAAUAAAACGUGGUAAUAAUUUUGACUGCCACUGGUAAAUGCGGCACUGCACCAGAAUAGUGCCCUUAGUACUUGUAUAAUGUUUACUAUAUAUGACAUUUCUUUGCAAAUGGGAUGUUGCAACCAAGUUUUGUACAUAUCAAACUUUCUUGACUGAGGUACGCGUUCUGAUCACUGGGGUCAAUGACAAUGUCACCGUUACUAAAUAUAGAAAACUUAUUUUCUCACAAAAAUGAGAUAAGCAGACCAAAUCUGCCAGCUAUGUAGCCUUAAAAAAGAGCAACGUAUAUUUGAGUGAAAUUUGGUACCUUAGGUCAAGGUCACUGUUACUAAAUUAUAGGCAAAGGAUUCAGUCAAAAAUCGGAAGCAUGGAAAUCUACACUGUAAAGCCCGAAUUCUCGAUUUUCAUUAAACCAAUCCUGAAAAAUCUUUGACCUGAUUAUUAUAAUUAACAUAUUAUAAAACAAGAGCCGUCACAGGAGACAGCGCUCUUGCUAAUUUCGAUGCUGGAUAGUGACUUUGAGCACAUUUGAGGAAGCUGGAGCUGUCACUGGAGUGUUUAAUGACUCUAAUCAGGAUGAAGCUUAAGCUUGUGUCAAAUGUAUUUAGUAAUAAUAGAUAUAGAGAUAGAGUAUCAAAACAUUAGAUAAGUAUAAAAGGGACAUAAUUCUUGGAAUAUUUCUGCAAGAGUAAUGCCCCAUGUUUCAUAUCAUGUGACUAAUAAUGUGGAAUAACUACUUUAAGUUUGAAUCACUGAGAUAGAGCAAAAGUGCAUCACAACUUUAACCUGAAAUUCUAAGUAAAAAGGGGGCAUAACUCAUAAUAUACCGGUGUAAAUGCUAUUGACCUUAUGACAUAUGAUGUAGGUGAUGAUGUGGAACAACCAUUUUAAGUUUGAAUCAAAUCCAUUUAGUGACAAAAGAGUUACGAUGAAAAAGCUUUAAAAUUAAACUAAAGUUCUAAACAAAAAGGGGGCAUAAUUUACUAAAUAUUGGUGUAAUGGUUAUGGCCCUUAUGUCAUAUGAUGUUGGUGAUGAUGUGAAUCAACUAUUUUAAGUUUGAAUCAAAUACGUUUGGUUCUAACAGAGAUAGAAUGACAGUGCAUCAAAACUUUAACCUGAAAUUUUAAGUAUAAAGGUAGAUCAUUCAUAAAUCAUUGGCGCAAGUGUUAUGGCCGUUGUGUUAAAUGAUGUGGAUAAUGAUGUGGAACAAUUGUUGUUAGUGUUUUUAAUCAAACUCUUUCUAUAAUAACAAAGAUACGAUGGAAAUGCAUCAAAAUCAACCUAAAAUCCUUAGUAAAAAGCGGACAUGUUUCACGAAAAAUUUGUGCCAGAGUUAUUUACCUUGUGUCAUAUGAUGUGGGUGAGUAUGAAAUGGGUGAUGAUGUGGAACAAUUGUUUCAAGUUUGAAUCAGAUCGUUUUUAUUAUAAUUUAGAUAGAAAGUGCACAAAAAACUUUAAACUGAAAUUCUGAGUAAAAAGUGGGGUAAUUCAUGAACUAUUGAUGCGAGAGAUAUGACCUUUGUGCCAUAUGAUGUGGGUGAUGAUGAGAAAUAACUAUUUUAUGGUUGAAGUAUUCCAUCAAGUAAUUACAGAGAUAAAAAAGAAAGUACAUUAAAACUUUAACCAAGGUGUGUUUGCGGAAGGGCCGCAUCGAGUAAGAUAGAUAAAACUUAUACAAAUAAGGAAGCCGACGUAGAUGCAGACAAAUGAAUGAUUGUAAGAACCCUAUCUAUUCUCUGAAACUAAUUGAUGUAGUACACUUUGUUCAGAGGCAGCUAAAACAUACAUUCUGAGAAAACAGUCUUAUGCACGUGGUCAUGUACCGUAUAACGUCUUCGCAGUUACUUUCAAAGAAGUAUUUGAGAUGCCACUUCCAAAAAUAAUGUCGACAAAAAUACGCGAAAUGCAAAAAGUUUUAUUUCGGCAUCGUGAAAUAUUUAAGACGUCAUCACCAAAACAUAUCUAGCCAUCUCAUAAUAAUUAUUCCAACAUGUUUAUUCAGAACUAAUUGUCGAUAUAAAAAUAUACGAAAUGACGAAAGAUUUUUUCUUUGCAACUAAAUUUAAAUCGUGUUGAUGGAAAAAUAUACUACAGUGCGAGCAUUUUAAUGCGAGAAAACCAUAAAGUUUUAGGCAUCUCGUCUUAGUUUUCUGUACUUGUGAAAACAUUUUCUCACAACUGAAGGCCCUUCUAAGCUUCCGUAUAUAAGAGUACAUUACGCUUCUGAGUGCAUUGUUAUUCACGUUUCUUCUUAAUUCUUGCAAUAAAUUGCAGUUUUAACUGUGAUAAUAUAUACAUAAGCGGGACAUUUACUGAAAGAGCUUGAUUGAGUAUGAUUACUUAAAAUUCAAGAAAAUCCUUAAAUGGAGAUGACUAAAAAGAUAAAAAAAAAACUAAUAAAGAUGUCCAUUAAAUGAUACGAUAAAAUUGCAUUAAAAAGUGAAACGUGUUAAGUAGUUCUGCAUUAUACACAUAAGUGGGUUCCUAUCUGGAAAUUUGACCGUAAAAGAACAGUGCAGUCCUAGACAAAUGCAGUUAAUUUGCCAGUGCAGACAUCUCAAUAUUCAAGUGAAAUAGCAAAAUGUAUACUCAAAAUUUCAAGAGACUGAGAGAAAUGGCGUACUAUGAAAUAAUUUUCUUUCAUCUUUUCAAAUAAAAAUAUGAUACAUGUACACGUUAUAAUUUGAAAAGCGGUAUGACUUUGUACUACAGCAGCAUAAUGUGUAACAUAGGUAUUGUUUCAUUUUACACUGUUCUAUUCCCACAGAUUAUAUUUUUGUAAACUCUUGAUCUCUUCACAUAAAAGCGAGAUAUUAUUGUUAGUUUUUCUAAGUUUACUUUUAUUUGAAAUGGUUUAGCAAGGUUGUGCUUACAGUUUCAUUGUUUCAUUGUUUAAAUCAUUGGUGAUACACAUCUCAUACAGAAUUAAACGUUUCAGUACCCUAACUCUGUUCUCAUCUGUUUUAAACAUUGCACAUUACGUGUAGAAGUCUUUCAAAAACAUGGUAAAUUUUAUUUAAGAAAUAAUUUAUAGCAAAACCGUGUUAUAACACUAUUUAUGCACGAUGUGCGGUAAUGCGGUUAUUUCGAACGAAGUAUAACCGCCCGAGUGUAUUAAUUGUGUUUAAACAGGGUUUUGUUAUAAAUUCUUUCAAUUAUAAUAUGUCUUUUUUUGUUAAUUUUAGAUCAAUAUGAUAGUACUGUUUCUUCGCGCAUGCAUGGCGGUAAAUGGUAGGUCGUUACGUUCCUUUGUUAUACACACAGUGACCGGAAAUGGUAAUACGUCUUGCGGAAGAGUUCAAUUUGGGCGAAAAUGAUGGCGAAUUAUUCUGCAAAGCAAAUAACCAACUUGGUAUGUGUGUAAAUUAAUCAAGACAGUUGUGCAAUGUGACAUUUCAUUUUAAACAUGUUAUUAAGUAAAAUAUUAGAUUAAAUCUGAAAGCGCUUUUUCUCGGUGCGUACAUUGCGCUAAAUAUCAGGUCGACCUGACGUCAACAUAAUACCGCUGUGAUGAUUUAAGCAUUUCCUAGUCGUAUUGGAAUACAUGAUGUUUUUAUUAUCUUUUAAAUAUAACUACUAUAUUCAAUAAAAAGCGUAACGCAAAUUUUCAACAAAAAAAAAACUAACUGUUGGAAACUAGAUUUUGACGCUCCGGGUUGUAAAAAAAUAAAGAAACUUUGUGAACUGCCUAAAACAAUUUUACACUGAUAUUUUCCGCAGGCUUCAAACAAGCAGAAGAAAAUGAAGAACCAGAAUUAGUAAUUUACUUGUUUUACAUACAACCACGGUGAUCUCGGGUUCGUCAUUUGGUUUAUUCCCAUGUUUAAACGUUCGCUUAAGAUAACUGUGCUCAUUGACUGCUUGGUACAUAUUAGAUUUUUACUGGAGAUAUUUUCAAAGUUUGAUUUUCCAAUCCUGGUUGCCAAACCAAGGUAGAGUUAUUUUAGCAUGCACACUUCCAGAUUUCUAUAACUAAAAGGUUGUCAGCAAUAGAAUGAAAAUUAAAGUGGUUGCCUGCACUUUAGGAAGAUUAUCUAACCUACCAUGCGGGGAAAGACAGAUAUGUCGGUAGUUGAUCACCGUAUCUUUUCCCUUGAGUGAAGAAAAGCUAAUAUUGCUGUUGUGCGUCAUUGAAACUUCAUGACGUCAUUUCUGUUUACAGACAUUGAAUUCAAGCGCUUUGUUAAAGAACGCUGCGACAAGAAAGAGUGCCACAAAGAAAAUAUUUCGUUUUGCAUUAUUUGUGUCACAAUUUUGUUUAAAAACGGUAUGCAAGGCAAGUAAUUGCUAUUUAUAGAUGCAGAAAGGAAUUUACGGCUCUCGGAAAACUGUUUUGGUGGUAACAGGCAUGUAAGAUCCUUGUAAUCUACAUUCUACAUUAACACUCUUUCAGUCAAGAAAAUGUAGGAAAGUCUCAAAAGUCAAUUAUUUAAAACUGGAUGUAAGA